AUGCCGAAGUUUUAUUGUGAUUACUGCGAUACAUACCUCACCCAUGACUCGCCCUCCGUGAGAAAAACCCACUGCAGUGGCCGAAAACACAAAGAGAAUGUGAAAGACUACUAUCAGAAAUGGAUGGAGGAGCAAGCUCAGAGCCUGAUUGACAAAACAACGGCUGCCUUCCAGCAAGGAAAAAUCCCACCUACCCCGUUCUCGGCACCACCUCCCGCAGGAGCCAUGAUACCACCUCCUCCCAGCAUCCCUGGCCCCCCGAGACCCGGCAUGAUGCCGGCCCCUCAUAUGGGUGGGCCGCCAAUGAUGCCAAUGAUGGGCCCACCCCCACCAGGAAUGAUGCCAGUUGGACCUGCUCCGGGGAUGAGGCCACCAAUGGGUGGACACAUGCCAAUGAUGCCAGGGCCCCCAAUGAUGAGACCACCCUCCAGACCCAUGAUGGUGCCAACCAGGCCAGGAAUGACCCGUCCAGACAGAUAAAGGUGGAAAUGGAUUUGCCUUUUCAUUUUCAUAUUGUGAUCUUCUGUAUGAUAAAAUACCACAGACCUCUGUUUCUAAGGUUUUGUAAUAAAAUAGCAUGUAUAAGAGAUGUGCUGUUGCUGCAGCUUGCAGGUGGUUUGGCCUACAUCCUGCUGCACACUGGACGGAUGCUUUUUGGUUCUCUUCCCCCCCCCUUUUGAAUCUUAAAACACAACAAUAAAACAUUGAUGCUGGUUUACAUGUAGAGAA